GACAUUAACUCAAUGAGACACUCAUAAUACAACUACUGAGUAAAACAGCAAACAGUACCUGGAGUCUCACUGAGUACAUGAUCAAGAGCCCUGUCAGUGCACCUGAACAUGAUGGCUCCCCAGGAAACUGAAGCCACAGUACGCACCGACUCACCAAAACUGGACAGGAAAAGAUUUCAACACUCUGCCUUAUCUGACGAUCGACUUCUGGUGUGACAUGUUGAUGGUAGUGUUUGAAUUUGGUGUAAACAACAUGAAUUCAGGGAUCCAUCUUGCCUUGUGUCAAAGGUUCAGGCUACCGGUGGUGGUGUUGUGGUGUGGUAAUAUUUUCUUGGCACACAUUAGGCCCCUUAAUACCAAUUGAUCAUGGUUUAAAUGCCACAACUGAUAUGAGUAUUGUUGCUGAGCACUUGCAUCCCUUUAUGUCAACUCAUCUUCUGAUGCACUGGUGGCCAACCUCGGGGUCCCAACCCCCCUAAGGUUCACUAAAGCUUAACACCUUCUCUCCUUCUCUUUCCAUCUCUCUCUCUCUGUCUCACACUCACAUGCACACAUACACACGUAAGCACACACACACACACACACACACACACACACACACACACACACACACACACACACACACACUCUCUCUCUUUCUCUUUCGCACACACUCACUCCCACACACACUCACACACACAGUCACACACACAUACACAUUUCUUAUACUUUAUCUCUUUGUAUUUGCGUAAUUAUGACUUGUUCUCUUUUCUUUAUGCUGAUUGCUGUUCUGUUGAGGUUGAUUAUGGUGACUGCCUGCUUCCUCUACUUUUUUUGUUUAGUACUUGCAUACGUAAACAUUAUAUUGUCAUACAUGAAUAGGAGGUUCUUCAAUGCGAACAAUGGUAGGGACUGUCAAUGGCAAUGGACAUUUUCAGCAGCAAUCCAUCAUAUUACCCCUAAUGCCAUCUCUUAAACUCAUUUACUGGAAUAUUCAGGGCAUUGGAUCACCGGCAAAAUGUACACAAAUCCUUAAUCAUUUUUGCCUUUUACAGGAAACACAUCCCACAGUAUCAGAACAUCUAAAGCUUAAGACAAAAUGGAUAAAUCAAAUUUUUUCAGCAUCAUAAUUUUACAAAAAGAGGAGUAGCCAUCUUGAUAAAUAAAAACACUCCAUAUUGCAAUGAAACCUCAAUAAUAGAUUCAGAAGGUUGUUUGGUUAUCAUUGAUGGACUUAUCAGAAAUGCUAAAAUAAUAAUAACCAACCACCACAAAACAACAUUAAUUACUUAGUUUCCUUUUAAAUAGUGCUCUUUCGGCAUUUCUUUAAAACCUAUAUAUUAUUUUGUUGAAUAAUAUGAUUUGGAACUGAAUCCCACUCUAGCAUUGCUCUGUAUAUUACUGUAAGCUGAACUGAUGUGGUUUUUGAUUUUGGUAAAGUAAAACAACCUCCAGCAGCAUGCCUUGCAAAAUAACUGUGAGUAUUUGUGCUAAAGGAUAGUCUUUUGUAGAACAUAAAUGAAGUCUUUGUUGUUAUGACAUUGUCCUAAUAAAAACCAUCAGUGAAUACAGUAAUCUGUUUUUCACUUCAAACCAAGAGAGACAUUCAUGUAUUCUAGAAAUGUUUGUUCUCAGACCACAUGAAAGAGCUACACGUGCCAUUUUACUCUGACAUAACCAAGUGAAGUAUUGGACGUAACUUCUUUGUUUUGAAUUGUGAAACACCCUCAGUGUUGUUUCCAGGUAAAAGCUGAACGUCCAAGACGUUCUUCUACUUGAAUUCGGAGUAUGCUUUUUCUCAAACUGGAAUACUGAUGCAGCACCUCUGACUUAAUGUGAAACAAAAAGAGGAACCAUGAAUUUGCUCUUGCAUCUCACAACUUUUCCUUCACAGUACAAAUCAGCAUAAGACGUGACAGCCGUUGUUCAGGAAAACCUACAACUCCACAAUGAACAACCAAAGUGAGUUCGACAGUGGUUUUGGAGAACAUGAUUGUGGACUUUUUGACUUCCAAACCUUCAGUGGUGUCUUCUACAUUUUGCUCUUCAUCAUCAGUGUCACAGUCAACAUUAUCCUCUUAUGUGUUCUUAUCGCCUACGAGAACUUGACAAAUGUCACAAAUCUGUUUGUCGUGAACCUGGCCUGCUCUGAUUUGGUCUUUACUGUCACACUUCCAUUCUAUGCCGCCGAUCAGCUGCACCACUGGGUCUUUGGUGACUUUGCCUGCAAAUUUAUGACUGCAACAUACUUUGUUGGUACUUACAGUAGCGUCAUUCUGCUGACUGCCAUGACUGUGGAUCGUUUCAUAACAGUGGUGCUGCACAACUGGCCAAGCAACCAUGGAAGGAGGCAGAGGUGUGCAAUGGGCACCUGUGCAGCUGCUUGGGUCAUCAGUAUUGCUGCUGCCAUUAGCGAUGCUAUCAAAGUAAAGGUGGAAACCAACCAAGGGCUCAAUGGUUUCUUCUGUGUGGGUCCCUCUAAUAGCUCUGUUGUCAACGUGGGAUAUUACCUCCAAGUGUCGCUGCUCUUCUUCCUCCCAUUUGCCAUCAUUGUUUUCUGCUAUUCUGCCAUCCUUAAGACAGUUCUGCAAGCCUCAAACAGAAAAAGGCAAAGGACUGUAGUGGUGGUGUUAUGUAUUGUUACAGCCUUCCUCAUCUGCUGGGGACCUUACAAUAUUUUGCUUUUCAUCGCAACUUUUUAUAUACCCAUAGGCUGUUAUUUGACAAAUAGAUUUGAGACUGCCUAUAAUAUUUGUCGUAUACUUGCUUACUCUCACUGCUGUAUGAACCCUCUUUUGUAUAUGCUCUCACAAAAGUUGCGAAGACAUCUUUUGAAACUUUUACACUGUGAGAAUGCCAGGCAGAAGAACAGGGAGAGAAGCACUGUCCAGAGCACUUCUGUUAUUCAGAAUGUAGCGUUUAUUGCACAGAAUUCUGCUGUUAUGUUGGAACUACCCUCAAAAUAGACAUUCACUUUUGAAAUGAAACAUUUAUUCAAUCUGUAGGUACCUUUAUGCAAUACUGUUAAUUGAUUAAUUUCCUUUCACGGGUUAUUUUUAAUGUUUUGCUUAAUUCCUUAAAGUAUGUGGGUGUAUUUGGGUAUAUAUUUAUGUACAUUAUAUAUAUAUAUAUAUAUAUAUAUAUAUAUAUAU